ACCUCAGUUCAGAGUCGGACGUCCAACGUCGCAGUCCUUCGUGCCGCGAUUUCCUCCGGGAUUUCGCCGUCGGAUCGUCUGCGCGAGGAUUACGCAACCGAGCCGGUUCAAGCGCGAAUCGCAGGCGCUCUCGAGCGGAUCUGGACAGCUCGCCGCGUUGUCCGGGGAAGAAAAUGUGAAUUCGCGAGUGAACGCGCUGGUCAGCGAAUUUUCUGGAUCCCGAUAGAUCCCGAAAGUCGGACCGAUCGCAGCAGUCGCCAGCAUAUACUAUUCUGCGACGGUGCAACGUCGAUGCCGAGCGCGUUCUUCUCGGCGGGAAGUGCACGCGCAGAGCGGAUUCCCCAACGAGGAGGACCAUGAAGAAGCGGUGGUGACCUGGUGCCGGUCGCGUUCCUUCCGGCUCGUGUCCUCGCUCGAGAAUGAUAUCGCGCAAUCCAUCGAUCGAACCGAGGCUGCUGUCGGCCGCAGGUCGCAUCGGAGCACCGAGACGCGCGGUCUCGAUCGCCGUUUCGUGACCGGUCCGCUCCGAAUUCGAGAGCGAAAGUGAACGAGAACGAACCGGACUCCGAAGGGAACCGAACGGAAGCAACGGGGACCAAAGGGUGCCGAAGGGUACCAAAGGGAGAUGCAACGUGUCCCGUGACCGCGAAGCUGCAAUAGUUUCCGCAGAAAUCGCAGGAACAUGGCUCUAAACGCGUCCAGGAACGGCUCGCCCGUCGUUCGGGACAAGGAGAGCAUCCCGGCCUACGAUAUCAAGCUGGAACGCGUGCUCGGCGUUACCGUCUCCAGCAAUGCGGCCCUGGACUGCGACGCGACCAGCGAGCUGGUCGCCUAUCCUGCUGGCUGCACCGUGGUGCUGUUCAAUCCUCGGAAGAACACCCAGGCCCACGUGUUGAACGCUUGUCGCAAAACAGUGACCUCUCUGGCUUUGGCCGGCGACGGUAGACUGCUGGCGACCGGCGAAUGCGGACACAUGCCGAACGUUCGCGUCUGGGACAUCUCCGAUCCGUACAACGCCGUGCAGAUCGCCGAGUUCUCCGGGCACAAGUAUGGCAUCAACUGCGUGGCGUUUUCACCGAGCAACAAGUACGUGGUGUCCGUGGGAUCUCAGCACGAUAUGAUCGUCAACGUCUGGGACUGGAGGAACAAUGUUAAGGUGGCGUCGAACAAAGUCUCGAGCAAAGUGAAGGCCGUCUGCUUCGCGGAAAACGGCAAUUACUUUGUUACCGUGGGCAACAGACACGUCAAGUUCUGGUAUCUCGAGUACUCGCGCAGCGCCAAGUAUAAGGAACCUGUGCCUUUGAUGGGUCGGUCCGCCAUAUUAGGAGAGCAGAGAAACAACGAUUUCGUGGACGUGGCUUGCGGCCGCGGGGAUAUGGCGGAUUCCACGUACGCGAUCACCAAAACGGGCCUUCUGUGCGAGUUUAAUAACAGGAGGCUGCUCGACAAAUGGGUGGAGCUUCGCACCACGAGCGCGAACUGCAUGGCCGUGGGAGACAAGUACAUCUUCAUCGGGUGCGCGGAAGGUAUCGUCAGGUGUUUCAGUCCCAGCACGCUUCAGUUCAUCACCACGUUGCCGAGGACGCACUACCUUGGCGUGGACGUUGCGCAGGGUUUGUCGAUCAGUCACAUGUCGCAGCAUCCGGCGAACGCGAGGUACCCGGACGCGAUCGCGCUCGCGUUCGACGAGCGGAACAACAAGCUGACGUGCGUGUACAACGACCACAGCAUCUACGUGUGGGACGUGAGGGACAUCAGGCGGGUCGGGAAAUCGCACUCGUUCCUCUACCAUUCGGCUUGCAUCUGGGGCGUCGAGAUGUACCCGACGGGGUCCGAGUCGGUGGCCGCGGUGCCCGCCGGCAGCUUCAUCACCUGCUCCAGCGACGACACGAUCCGCGUGUGGAACCUGGAGAAGGACGUGUCGCCGAGCGACACGCUCUACAAGCGCAACAUCUACAGCAACGAGCUGCUCAAGGUCCUCUACAUCGACCCGGAGCUGACCUAUCUGAAGGACCUGGACCUGGCCGCGGCCGGCUCCACGGAGAAGAGCGACGCCUCGUACGACGGCCGCAACGGCGUCCGCUCGAUCCGAGUCAGCCCCGACGGCAAGCAUCUCGCCUCCGGCGACCGGUCCGGCAACAUCCGGAUCCACGACCUCUCCUCCCUGGAAGAACUCUACCUGAUCGAGGCUCACGACGCCGAGGUGCUCUGCCUCGAGUACUCAAAGUUCUCCAAGUACUCCGCCGAGUCGCCCAGGCUGCUGGCCAGCGCCUCCAGGGACAGGUUGAUCCACGUGUUCAGCGUCGAUCAAGGGUACAACUUCUCGCAGACGCUCGACGACCACAGCUCCUCCAUUACUGCCGUCAGAUUCUUCAAUCAGAGCAACCAGAGCAAUCAGAUUCAGAUGGUGUCCUGCGGCGCCGACAAGAGUAUUAUUUUUAGACAGCUGCAGUCGACGCCGGGCGGGAUGCCGCAGUUCGCUAGGGGCCACAACGCUCAGGGAAAGACCACUCUCUACGACAUGGAGGUCGAUUCCGGGCAAAAGCACGUUCUAACUGCCUGCCAAGAUAGGAACAUAAGAGUGUACAACGUGGCCACCGGCAAACACAGCAAAACGUUCAAGGGAUCCGUCGGGGAGGACGGGUCUCUUAUCAAAGUCGUCCUAGAUGCGUCGGGAAUUUACGUAGCUACCUCGUGUACAGAUAAGACAUUGUGCGUGUACGAUUACUACAGCGGCGAGUGCAUGGCCACCAUGUUGGGCCACUCGGAAUUGGUGACCGGGCUGCGAUUCAGCCCGGAUUGCAGGAACCUGGUGUCCGCCAGCGGAGACGGCUGCAUAUUCGUCUGGCGAGUUCCCCGGGACAUGGUCGUCACCAUGCAGGCCCGCCUCGCCCAGCAGGCGAUGCGAGCUGGAAAGAGGCCGCCUCAGGUGAACGGUACCGGGAUAGACAUCCAAUUGGACAACGAGACGUUCGGAUCGCCGCCGCCCGAAUUCCUAGACCCGAACGCGAAUCCCACACCGCAGAACGUGGGCGUCGAUUAUAGGUUCAGCGUGGGCCAGCUGCCGCUUUGGGCGAAAAAGCAGAUAAACACCGCGAACGCCGACGAAACGACGACCCUGGCCGCGAACCCGAGGUCCCUCGGCGUCGAUCUGCCGAAGGGCAGGUGGGCGCAGAGGGUGCAGCAGGGCGACGGCAUCACCGUCAAGUCUGUCUACGACAGCGACGAGGUGAUACCGUUCCCUCCGCCUCGCGGGGCCCUCGAUUCCGACGGCGGCGGUGGCGGCGGUGGGUCCAAGGACAGCUCCAUCGACAGCGGGACCGAGACCAAGUGCAGCAGCGACUACCGGAGGGAAACCAUCAUCAUCAAGAGGGACGAGGACGAGACUGUGUUCCAGCCUUGUCCGGAUAGUUACAGAGAACUAGCGGAUGACCCGAAGCAGGUGAUCGGUGGUCACGUGACGGUAACUAGAGGUAGCAAUAUCACGGAAUUGACACGUCAGUCGAGGAGUCGUCACCAUACCGACGACAGCAGCCUUGGCAGCUUUAAAUUUGAGGACCACGAGAGCACGGAGCACGACGGCGACGUGGAGGAUUACUCGGAGGGUGAGAACGGGACCACCGGCUCCGAGAAGUCCCAUCACAGGCUGAUGUACUACCCGGCUCCGGAGGACACGAUAUCGAAUCAGUUCACCGUGAACGCGAUGGACGUGGAAGAGCUGAGGAGAUCUCAAAGGCGGCAGAAGAAGCCGAGGAACGGAGAGAGCGGCCGGACCAGCGAGCUGACCGCGUCCGGCAGCCAAGACGACUCGGAUUCCGAGGGCGGAGCCUCGACUCCCAGCGCCGAGAGGAAUCCUCUGUCCAUGCUGUCGGAGGCCAGCUCCGAGGGUUUCGACCAGCUGGCGAAGCAGAGCCAUCGCGAGAAGUUCCUCAAGAACGCUUUCGAAUCUCUCAGCGGAGCCGAGGAGCCGUCCAACAGGAGUCCGAAAACAACUAGCAUCAGCUCUCAGUUUCACGGAAGGCUCAGCGGUGGCACCGACGGCAGCGGCAACAACAAGGUUCGCAAUCAGGCCGUGGUGAACGCGACCAAGCAGGCGAGAGGGGACGCGGACGUGACCAAGAAGCGCGAGGAGUUGCAGAGGAGAAUAGAGGAGACACGGAGAAAAUUGCAAAGCGUGGGCUACAGGUCGUCGCUAAAGACCAGCCAAAGCAUAUCCGACUUGAGCAGCCAUAUACCGGAGAAGCAUCAUCGUUCGAACAGGUUGAGCACAGGUAACAACAAAUCCGGUCAACAGACUCACUACUCGAAACCGAUUAAUCCUUGUAAACCGAUACCGAACCCAAAGCCCCCGUUAAAACCUCAACAACUGAUUAACAAAGUGUCGGGUGGUGUGGGGAAUGCGCUGCCUAAGCUAGAUACCCCAACCUCCGAGAACUGCUUGUCCAAAAGUCAGACUACGUCGUGUAUAAGCGACAAGACGAGACCGUCGUUGACUCGCCCGUUAACCUUGACCCUGAAAAAAACUGAAAAGUAUAAGCUGUCGCUGAAUAAACCGAAUCAGUCGUUGCCGGAGUCGCCGGUUUGCGAGGAGCUGAAGCUCCUCAAGGAGCAGUGCAAGAAGAACGUGGUCAGUCGGUUCGCGAGAUUCGCGCAAAAGCGAAGGUCCUGCAGCUACUUCAUCGGGCUGAACGACAACGAGGAGGACAUGGAGAACAUAGCGAAGUCGUUCGAGAGCCUGCCGGCGAUGAACGAGCGGAACAUAGAGACCCUGAACGACGCGUUGGACGACGGGGACGACGGGAACGGGAACUUUAGCGACGAUUCCUUGGAAGGGGAUUUCAAGAAUCCGCCGCGACGAUGCGUCAGCGACUACCAGAUCAACGUGCACGUCGACAGCCAGCAGGACGCUCACAGAGGCUACUCGAACUACCAGGCGUUCUCGAAGCGGAUUCUGACCGGGUCGCAGGAGAGCAUCCUCUCGGACGCGUCGGUCGAGUCCUUCUCGAAGGGAAGCGCCGAGAUUCUGGAUUACAGCCACUACGACAACGACAGACACUCGAGCGCGAGCUUCUUUCUGUCCCGGCGCAAGAUGCAGGCCGGCCGGAGCCAGGAGAGCAUCCUGACCGACGAGUCCGACUACCAAAUGUUCCCGUUGCGCGAGAACAUGGACCACCGCAGCACCGAGAGCGUGCUCACCGACGACUCGGACUCGCUCGUCAAGUCGGCGCCCCUCGAGAUGCUCUUCGACUCCCACUAUAAGCGAAAGCGACAGAACUCGGAGACGUACAGCGGCAAUCCCAACAACGCCGUCGAGCCCUCCAGCUCCGUCCAGGACAACGCGAACGACGCGACCGCUUGCCGAGCGGUCUUCAGAUCCAAGUCCCUCCAGGACACGAGGAUAAGCAAGGCCGGCAACGAGAACAAUUACACGGAGGACAACGCGCCGCAACCCGCGACCUGCAUCUACUACGAGUUCAACUUCAACGAGAAGAACGACGCGAACGUCGAGAUGAGAAUGGCGACCACGAAAUCGGACACCAUGCCGAGGAGCAACAGCUUGAAGGUGCCGAAGGAGCCGCAGUCGAUGCUGUUCCUGAACGACUUCGUGGCGCACAAGCCGCCGAAGCCGAAGAGGAACUCCGCUCGCACGCAGAGCAUGCGGAACAGGGCUCGCCCAGCCUGGAACAAGUACAGCGUCGACUCGCCGACCACUCGUCCGAAGUCCGAGACCGAGGACUACGCUGGCAACUCGCAGAGAGCCGAGGGCCAUCCGUCGAGAUGCGACAACGACGCGAAAUCGGACGCGGGCUCGGCGAACGCGUCCGAGAACGCGAAGAGGAUCGAGCAGUUCUUGCAGUCGCCGGCCUACUCGAUGCAAUACGCCGACGAACCGGACCCGAAGACCAAGUUCUACAGCCUGCAGAACCGGCGCUCGGACAAGGGCAUGGCGUACGAGGCCGGCGGCCCGAUGGACAAUUACGGGUUCGACGCGCGGGACGACCAGAGGGACUCGCGCGUCUGCUGCUUCGAGAAUCAGAUCCCGACGAAGGACACGCAGGAGACCUACGAUUCGCUGGAACCGCCCGGCGGCGUGUCCUGCGACUCGCAGCCUACUGGAGCUGCCCAGAGUACCCAGAGUCCGAGGACGAACGAGCGACUCGACAACAUGGACGUGGAUCUGAGGAUCAGCAGGGCGAUCGAGGGCACCGUCAAGCUGCUGUCCAGAGAGUUCGAGAACCUGGUCAGGUCGGAACAGUACUUCAUGAAAGAGAAACGCCUGAUGAUGUCGCAUUGCCUCGAGGCCAGCGAGAACUAUGCGAAACUGGAGGCCGAGCGGGACGGCAGGUUCGCGAUCAGGCGCGACAUCAGGCUGCACUCGGGCGGAGAAGAGAGCGACUGGGCGGACACGUCCGCGAUCGAUAGAUCCGUGAUGGAGAGCGGCUCCUCGACGUCCGCCUCCAGCUGCACCAACUCGCCGAAGAGAAUGUGGCCGCCGGCCUCGCGGUGCCAGAGCCACAUGAAAUGGACGAAAACCUUGCCCACCAUUAAUCAGGCUAUUAUACCGACCAAGCAUCUGUACACAGUUUCAGGAAAAGUAGGUAAUAAGAACUCGAACGGUUCUGCGCGAAGUGGACUGGGAAACGCGAAUAGCGGAAACCAGUCUCGGCACGGAUCGGCGAAGAAUCAUUCUUCCCACAUUACCAGAAGCAGCAGCGUCGGCGUUUUGAAUCAGAGCGACUCGGAAUCGGACGUCGGCGCCGGCAACGGAAGAGGAUGGAACAACCAGACGACGAAUAGCAGGAUCAGUGGAUUGAUGAGACCGACGAUCAGCUCGCAGAACAAGAUCAACCAUCAGAUAAAGACCAGCUCCUCUUCCAGCAGCAAUCUGCCUUCGGUCCUGAGGAGGAGAGGCAUGCAGGGAGCGUAUUCGAGUGUGAAUCUAAGUCAAGUGGGCAAUCAAGAGGACUCGAGUUCCGAGGACACGUCCUCGAACGGGAACGGAGGCAAGCCGGCGCUGCCGCCCAGACCUCGCAGCAUCAGCAUCGACCAUUCUGCCACGAAUUUAAAUCUGCCCGGCGCGACGGUGAGGAGAUCAGGGUCCACGACCGUGAUCGCGAACGGCCGCAACGGAAACAGCUCGAUAGGGCAGGGCGCCGGCCGAUUGUCGACCGCCAACCGGAGUCAGCUAGACCCCAGCCCGCAGGAGCUACCAGUCAAAGAUACUGAUCGUGCCAUCGAUGUAGCCAGUGCCGAAUUAGGCACGGAUAAAUCAUUAGUGUCGACGCAGCUGUGCAACACGAUCGCGGACGACCUGACGCGCACGGCGGACAACGUGGUGCAGCUGUACAAGCGUCUAACGAUAGACAAGGAGGACGAAGGAGCCAGCAUCGACAGGGACACGAUGCUGCGAGGUCUCCAGUCUUCCGUGAACGAGACGAUGCGAACGUUGCGGCUGGUGGUCGCCGGUGGACAGGCGAGCAUCGACGGGUCGUCGUCGACGGGCAGCGAGAGCGUGGCCGUGAACGAGGCGACCGCCACGUUCCAAGAGCUGCUCGCUGGUCAGGACCAGGGUAAAGUAGUCAACAUGAUGCAGCAGUACUCCGAGCUGCUGCUGACCAUGAUGCAGCAGAGGAUGGGGGGACCGCAGUCGAGCCACACGUAAAAUCCGUCCAUCUGCGCGUUCUCCGAGGGUGAAGGACGUCCAGCCGUUGACACGCCUGCGUCUCUUAACUACUCGCGUUUACUCCCAGAGGAUCCUCAGCUCUCCCCUCGUCCACCUUCCUCUCUCUCGGUUUUCCUACCAGACGUCUGACGCGAUUCGCGAUCACGCAGGAUGAAAGGAUGCAGGAUGAUUGUCGUCGAGGAACGUUAACAAAUUGCGGGAAACACAGGGUCGAAGAGUCGCGGUAGUCGAUCCGCGUUCGGUUUCACUCUUGGACGACGGUGACCGAUUCCGCUAGGGUCUCUUCUUCUUCUAGGGUCUGAUUCCAGGCUCUUCGAACUGGAUCGUAACACUGGUCUUCUAGAAUCUUUUUUUAAAGAACCCUUACCGGAAGAAAUAGUUACAAAUUAUCAGAAUUUUUUUAGCUACGCGCAACCGAAAAUAUUAAGCAAAAAUGAACUAUAGUUUCCAAAAGAAGGAAACGUUGCUCGAGAGUAAACCGAACGCUAGAGUACGGAUGUCGGAGCGUGUAUGUCAAGGUUAUAUUUCGCCGAAAAGCUUUCGGGUCUCGGAUCCUUGCGCGGAGAUUCAGAUUGGAAAGACGAGCUCCUAAUUAUUGUAGAACCGAACUGAGAUCGGUAGUCGCGAAUGUUUGUGUGUACGUGUACCGGAACGGUGUCUGUAGCCAAAGUUAGCGAGUAUAUUAUCAGCAGUUUCGUGCAGAGAGGACAGACGAGCAGGGCAGGCUAGUUCGCAGCGAUCCGACAGUUGUCUCCAGAGACGCGACGAACCGGAAGAUCGGCUGCGUGAAACUCACUCGUAUCUUGAGGCCAUACGCCGUGAAAUGCCAAUUAACUAAAGACUCUUAGACUAGUUUUCAAACCGAGUAUAUAUUAUUAUACGUAUAUAUAUUAUAUAUGUAUUAUAAUACAUUAUAUACAUACAUAUAUACAUAUAUAUAUUUAUCGACUACUGCGCGAUAUUAUAUCAUAAUAUUAGUCUUCUUGUUGUGUAACCAAAGGCUGUCUGUACCUACGGUCUAAAAGGAGCCUUCCUUCCUUCCCCCGACGUUAUAACAAACAAAAACCAAGAAAAAAAAUGAAACACGUCGACGCGACGAAACUGUAAUUAAAAAGCGAGAGUAGCACGCGAUGUAAACUUGCCAGUACGAAAGAGAUAGAAUUCCUAACCGUUUAGAGAAAAAAGAUAAAGAAGAAAUCGAAAGAAAGGCUUCGUAGAAUAUACGCGGUGCGUUUGUGUCGCGUGUAGGGUUCAAACGUGUGUGAUUUUAUAUUUACAAUUCGAUGUGCGGAACGAGUAUUGUCUCUUGCUAAUUUUACUUCGCGGAAACAAGUGGUGUAUCGUGGUAGGACUACUAUAGAAUUCCUGACCGUUGAGCUAUAAAUGCCGACGAACAAUAGGUGGCCGGGGAAUUCAGUUUACUUGGACGGAUUGAUUAUUCGAAGUCGAAAUCGACGCUCGACUCUCUCUCUCUCCCUCUCUCUCUUUCUCUCUCUCUCUCUUUCUCUCAUAGAAGCUGUGCUACAUAGCGAUCGCAUAUUUUGUCAUAGGGAUUACAAAUAUUUUUACACCGUGAUUAACGUUGAUAGACACGAAGGACAAAGGGAAAACGCGCGAAACGAAGGAAAGUUCCAUAGCGUCGUCGUAUUCACUUUCGUUGAAUCGUUGCGCCGGGUUCGAAGGGGCGACGCCGAGCACUUCGAAGGAAGGAAUCGCAUCGAGGAAUCAAAGUAUUACGAACACGUAUUAUUAUUAACGGAUUUUAAUGCGAAUUCUCCUCCUCCCCAAAGUUACUUUCCAGAUAUAUCCCCUUCUCCGUAGAGUUACUUCGGAUUGUAUGUAAUGUAUAAAACGUGCCAUCUAGGUUUACAACGAUCGUUAUUCCCGCGUACUCCGUCCGCGAGAGACGUGUUCAUCGCUUCUUUUCUUUAGCGUAUCGUUCAUCCUCAUCGAUAAACCUUGUAACAUAUCCUCGGUACAACGUAUUGUGACGUUUGCUCGGACUUCUCUAACGUUAAGCAGGCGUCUCUGAUAUAUUUUUUUUUUGUUUUUUCAAAGAGAAAGCAAAUUUUCAAAUUUGCAGACAUCUUCAGCCUGAACACAAUAAUUAUUUUAUAAUUCUAUCUUGCACGAAAUUAUUCUGUGAACUGUUUUAAGUAGUAUACGAUUUUGAAUAUUCUUUUAACUUGUAUGAUUUCCAAUUUAGAAAAAUCUAUCAAAAAUGCGUGCUUAGAUGUCCAGAUACGCGCUGAACAAUGUAAUUAAUCCUUAGGUGGACUACUGGGGUUGCUACUACCUUAUUUAAAAUACUGACAAUUAUUUAAUCUUGUUCCUUAUGCUGUAUAACAAAAAUAAUUUCGAUGUACAAAUUCGGUGACAAUUAAUGUUAAAUAUAUCUUUGAACUUCAUUUCGAAAGUCCACUUAAGCGUUAAUAGAUAAUGAAACGACUUGGACCGAUAUUGCUUCGUAAGAAUCGUUGCUAUUUUCCAUUUAACGGUUCCGUCGAGAGCAGUCCGUGAUUGUUCGACUUUCUUUUUUCUGAUCGUCCGAUUGUCUCUAAUGAGACAGAUUAUUUUCGAACGACGAAUAUGGAUCGACACCUUCGCCGUGGUCUGUUUGAGUUUUCCUAUGUUAAAACGAGCGUGGUCACGAUGUCGCUUAAUAGAGAUUAAUUUGCUUAUAAUCAAAAUUAUCGGUUAUCGUAGCCGACGUCAACGACAUGUAUACACGCAAAUAGAAGAACACGGCGUCGCAGCUGAUACCGAUAGCUAAUCCUUAUCGUUUAGACAACUAACUCGCGAAAUCGAGGCAGACUCUUGGUUUCGACCACGAAGGUGUUGAUCAUUUACUUUAGGAACUAAAAUAUUUUCUAUUCGAUGUCCGCAUUUUUGUAACGUAUCAUCAUCGUUAUCACUUAUCACCAUCCUCAUCGUCCGCGUGUGAAUCGUGCAAGCGACCACGAACGCGGAACGCGAAGAGAAAUGUCGAAUCUCGUCUCAUGCAUCACCUUGUAUUUGCCCAAGCUUCGCGUGGUAAUGAACCAUUCCAAAUUUCCAGCGUCUCUGUCUCUCUCUCUCUCUCUCUCUCUCUCUCUCUCUCUCUCUCUCCCUCUCUCUCCUCUCUCUCUCUUUCUUUCUAUCUCUGUCUCUGUCUCUCAGUGUAAUAAUCAUCAAAGACAUUAAUACGAUACUUUUAACCGGUCGCAAAGAUUAUUAGUGGCUUUGUAUAUUGUUGUACUCUUGUUAUAUUAAGACGUAUUGUUAUGUAAUGUGUUACGCGUUUACUUAAUUAUGUACAUAUUUAUUUCGAGUUUCGUAAGGAGCAAGACAGUUUUGGUAAUCGUGAGAAACGUUAAAUGUAAUAAUUUCAUCGUAAGAGAAAUGUAACUUUUUAUCACUUUGUUUUGUAUAUUAUGUUAACGAUUAAUAAUAUAAUAAUUCUUAUAAACUAAAA